AUGGCAGGAGGGACUUUUGCCACCCAAGGAAGUCACCCUAGGCACGCAGCAGAUGGAGCUAUAACGGGGUCCGUAGUCAUAAUCUGCAUUGUUGCGGCUUCAGCUGGGUUGAUUUUUGGCUACGAUGUUGGCAUUUCUGGAGGUGUAACAGCAAUGCCACCAUUUCUGGAGAAGUUCUUCCCAUCAAUUCCAAAGAAAAUGGCAGAGGCAAAGCCAAAUCAAUAUUGUAUAUUCGACAGUCAAGCCCUUACUGCAUUUACAUCCUCAUUGUACAUAUCUGGUUUGGUGUCAUCUCUUAUAGCCGGUCGUGUCACCACAACUACAGGGCGUAGGGGCAUUUUGAUUAUUGGUGGCAUCAUCUUCAUGAUCGGUACAUUACUUGGUGUUGUUGCCGUGAAUCUUGCAAUGCUCAUUUUGGGACGCCUCCUCCUGGGAUUUGGGGUUGGUUUCACAAAUCAGGCAGCCCCAAUAUACAUAACAGAGAUGGCACCACCAAAAUGGCGAGGCGCAUUUACCACAGCCUUCCAAUCCUUCCUCGGCGGAGGGGCGCUACUUGCAACAAUAAUAAACUGGUUUGCGUCUAAGAUGGGUGAAAACGGGUGGCGAUUUUCUCUCGGCUGUGCCGGAAUUCCUGCCAUCAUCAUGACAGUGGGUGCAUUCUUCAUUCCAGACACACCCAGUAGCCUCAUCCAACGGGGUCAGCUUCAAAAAGCCAGGCAAUCCCUCAACCAAGUCCGUGGCGUGGACUCGGACACUGAAGCUGAGCUCAACAAUCUGAUCAACUACCAUGAAGCAGCCAAAGCCGCCACUAAGCAACCUUACAAGACCAUAUUCCAAAGAAAGUAUCGUCCACACCUUGUGAUGACAGCAGCAAUUCCAUCGUUUCAGCAGUUGACAGGGAUCAACAUUGUGGCCUUCUAUGCGCCUGUUUUAUUUCGUUCUGUUGGAUUAAGUUUGAGUGGUUCUUUGAUUGGAGCUAUUAUACUUAAUUUCAUCAAUUUUUCGUCUACAUUUGUUUCAGCUUAUUCUGUUGAUAGGUUUGGACGAAGACUGUUGUUCUUGGAAGCUGGUGUCCAGAUUAUCCUCUGCCAGUUGAUCUUGGCAUAUAUAUUUUCAGCAGAACUAGGGACUGCAGGCACAUCAAGUUUCUCAAAGGGAUCAGCCAUUCUGGUACUGGUCCUAAUGUGUAUAAUCGCCGCCGGAUUUGGGUGGUCAUGGGGACCUCUAACGUGGAUUGUGCCGAGCGAAAUCUUGCCGUUGGAAGUCAGACCAGCCGGGCAAGGCAUAUGCAUUGCCAGCAAUUUUUUGUUGACGUUCAUCCUGUCUCAGGUGUUCUUGUCCAUCUUAUGUAAGAUGAAAUAUGGGGUGUUCUUGUUCUACGCCGGGUGGGUUAUGAUAAUGACCGUUUUUGUGGGGCUCUUUUUGCCGGAGACUAAGGGGAUUCCCUUACAAGAAAUGAACAAAAUCUGGCAAGACCAUUGGUUCUGGAAUCGAUUCGUUGAAGACCCUUCCUCAAACUAUGCAAAUUUGAUCGAGUAAGUUUAAUAAGUUACUACAAAACUUUGUUUGUGACUCAACUGCUGGGACUAGGGGAGUUUCUUAUUACUUUCAUUUCGCUAUAGCGGGAAUCAGAAUCAGAAUCAGCCUGGACAUUCACUUUGAUCUUUGGGAAGUGAUACAGAACUCAUCAGUGUAGUCGAUGAUUUGACUACUGUUGUAUCGAGAGAUUAGAUCGCAGCUAGAUUAGCUUAUUUUUUUUGUUGAACA